UUCCGGGCGGCUCUGUAACUCAAUAGGGCUUCUGUGAACAGUCGAGCGCAGUGUGGACACUUUGUAUGAUCGGGAAUAUGUCUGUUUAUUAUUUUGAUACAUCUUGCAAAGUUUCAGACGUAACGCAGACAUUGUUUCUUUCUUCGUGCAAAUGAAAGUGGUUUGACAUCUAUUCAUAGCCCUAGUCAUGGCAAAUGAGCCCAGGGAUCCCAUGCCGCUGGAAGAGCCCAUGUUUAUUCUGGAAAAUGGAGAGAUGUACAGGAACCAAACUGAAGUAAAGAUGAGCCAGAUAGUCCUCCCCUGCCAUGCAAACUACUGUGGAGAACUCAGUGCUGGGCAGCUGCUCAAGUGGAUGGACUCCACUGCCUGCCUGUCUGCUGAGAGACAUGCUGGCUGCUCCUGCAUCACAGCUUCAGUGGAUGACAUUCACUUUGAAACCACCAUAGGGGUUGGACAGGUUGUAAACAUUACAGCCAAAGUCAACAGAGCCUUCACAUCCAGCAUGGAGGUUUGUGGGAAUAUCUUCUAA